GAGAGAAGCUCAAGCUGAUGUACCAGAUCGCCUCCGGCAUGAGCUAUCUGCACAACAACAACAUUGUCCACGGCGACCUCAAGUCGCUCAACAUCCUGCUGAGCACGCCCCUUGAUGCCGUCAUUACAGACUUUGGCAUGUCCCGCACCAAAUACACCUCGGCCUCGGCCAUCCGCGUCAAGCCCGGUCAGUCCGUCGGUGGCUCGCUUGACUACAUGGCUCCUGAGAUGCUGGAUGACGAGGAGCCCGCUGGCUCGUCGCGCAGGACCGACGUGUAUGCCUUUGGCGUUCUUUUGUACGAAGUCCUGAACGACUGCAAGCCGAUUUGGGUUACCGCCUCCGGCGAGCCGAUGCGUGUGCGCACUGUCGAGGCCCAAAUCUGCAAAGGCAGCCGUCCUAAGCGCGUCGACGGAGUCCCCGACAACAUCUGGGCCUUGAUUGAAAGAUGCUGGCACCAACGGCCAUUGGAACGGCCCAGAUUCCCCGAUAUUCUCCGUGAGCUCGAGCCCUAUCGCAAUUACCAACCGCCUGCACCUACCCCUGUCUUUGUGCCUGUAUCUGUGUCUGUGUCUGAGUCGACUCCGGCUCCGGCCCCCGAGCCCGCUCCUGUCCCUGAACCUGCUCCGGUGCCCCCUCUGGACCGAACGCCCUCCAGGCCUCCUCUGGUGUUCCCCCAGGCUCCAACGCCAACGCUACCCUUUGCGAAUAUCUCCACAGUCAAGUACACCAUGUCGCCUCCUCCCCAGAUUCCUAUGGCGCUACCCUAUCCAGCGGCCGUGCCUAUCGAUGACUUUAUGGAUACUUGGGAUUCCAAUGGUGCCCUUGGUCCAAAAGAGAAGCGACGCUUUACCGUGGGCCUUGGUCCUCCUCCAAACUGGCCGCCUGCUCCCCAGCCGGCGGACGAGAUCAUUGCCUAUUUGGAGAAGCAUGAAAAUGUCCCACGCGUUACUCUGAAUCGCGUUCGCAAAUUUGAAGCUGAGGCCUGUGUGCAAGCUGCCAUCGGCAUCUCGAACGGCCGUCCCUCGGACGAUCCUGUCUGGGAACUGGCAGCCAAACUCCUCCAGAUCAGUGCCGAUCAGGAAAACGUCGAGGCCUUCUUCUACCUCGGCUGGCUGCAUCUUACCGGCGUUGGCGUUCCGAGGAAGGACGUGGACGCCUUUGCGUACUGGCAAGAGGUCCACCGAAAGCAAUCCCAUGAUCCCGUGAUCAAGCCCAUUGCCACCUUCAUGCUGGGAUGGUGCCAUAUCCUUGGUCGCGGCACCCAGCUGAACAGAACCAAGGGCCUCGAGCUCAUCCGAGAGAGCAAGACUGCCGAUUUUGGUCUUGGCGAAGAGUGCCUGCACUGCAGCAAUCCCAACGUGUCGUCCUCCUCUGCUGCCGCCGAGCGACUCUUCUCUGUGUGCGAGUUUGGCUCGGACCAGGAGUGGCUGUGCAAGCACUUGAUGGCUGUCUGUCUUGUCAACGGCUUUGGCGUCCCCAAGGACCAAGGCCGGGCCAUGAGCAUCUUCGAGCAGCUCGCGUACAAGGGACACGACGUCAGUCAGCACUGGCUUGGCCAAUGCCUCAACCACGGCUGGGGAAUCCAGCAGCAAGAUGCCCGAGCGCUCGAAUGGUACCGUGCUGCCACCGAGAAGGGCAACCUGUAUUCGCAAGUCAUGGUCGGCCAGUGCUACGAGCAUGGAUGGGGCGUGCAUCAAGACGAAAACCAGGCUGUCGAGUGCUACCGCCGGGCCGCCGAUCGAAGCAACGCUCUGGGAGAGUACCACCUUGGCCGGCUGUACUACACCGGCGAGGGUCUCGGCCAGAACCACACUCGAGCUGCCGAAUGGCUGCUCCGAUCAGCCGAGCGCGGCAAUCCGGAUGCACAAAACAGCCUGGGCUUCUGCUACGAGAAGGGACAUGGUGUCCGCGAGGACAUGGACGCCGCCUUGCAGUGGUACCGCCGUGCUGCCGAUCAAGGCCACAGCGGCGCACAGAACCAGCUGGGUCGAUGUUAUGAGUUUGGCCUUGGGACUCGUGCCGACAGCGGCGCUGCGGUCGGGUGGUACACCAAGGCGGCCGAGCAGGGCAACUCAGCUGCCCAAUGGAACCUUGCCCAGUGCUUCGAGUUCGGCAGCGGCGUUGUCCAAGACGUCCAGGCGGCUGUCCGCUGGUACUACAAGGCUGCCAACCAGGGCCUCAACGAAGCCACGAACAAGCUCAUCGAUCUGGAUAGCAACUAAGCUCAAGCAUCGUCCAUCGACAGCGGCAACGGACAUGAGUGUGUGCCGCUCGAUGUGGCCCGAUGUGCCCUCCGAUUCACCUGUUCUGGUCCUCCAUUUUGACUCCAUCCGCUUCUUGAUCGAUUUCUUUGUAUCCCGGGCACUUCGGUUGCUCUCUCUUCCUUCCUGGGACGGCUCUUCCCUCCUCUUUCAAUACACUGCUUGUACAUUGAGCCCCCGAAGAGGGA